AUGCCUUGGUCAGAACAAGCCCUAUCGUAUGUCAGGAAGCUAAGUCCCUCGAUCAAUAGAAAUCACUACCUACCAUUUGUAAUAGAUGAAAGCAAGUGCGGUUUGGUUCAUAAAGACUAUGUGCCACAGUUUCAAAAGAGACCUGAGAUAUUUCAUGUGACAGACGAGGCCGUAAAGCUUACUGGAACCGGUUCAAAAGUCACUAGAUCUAAUGCUAUUAAUCAAUUCUUAUUAAAACUCCGAGAAGAAGGAACUUUCUCUGUUUUGAAAGGUUGGAGAGAAGAGACGUAUUCUGUUUUCAAAGAUGGAUUUAGAUCUGAAAUCCUGUUUGAUAUUGAGCGAGCUGCUGUUGGAAUAAUCGGAUGUAAGAGUUAUGGAGUUCACAUGAAUGGGUACGUCUACAAAGAUGGGGAGUUAAUGAUGUGGGUUGGAGUGAGGAAUCCUAAUAAAGCCAAAUAUCCUGGUUGUUACGACAAUAUUGUAGCCGGUGGAAUCAGCUCUGGCUACGGGAUCUGGGAGACGAUGCUAAAAGAAGCAGAAGAAGAAGCUAGCAUUCCUGAAGAGAUAAUGGCGCGUGCUAAAUCAGUUGGAGCGAUAAGUUACACGAUUGUAAACGAUUACGGGACCGCGCCUGAAGUAGAGUUUGUGUAUGAUCUGGAGUUACCUCUGGACUUUGUUCCUAAGAACGCAGAUGGAGAGGUGGCUGGAUUUGAGCUGAUGACGAUAGAUGAGCUGAAGGAAGUAGUUAUAACGGAUAAAUUUAAAACAAACUGUGCUGGAGUUGUUAUUGACUUCCUGAUAAGACACAGUCUAUUGGAACCUGAUAACAUGCCGGAUUACGUGGAGAUUAUUAACUUACUUCAUUCCAAACAUCCCUUCUAAUGAUUAUCCGAGUUACUGGGGUUACUGAGUUUAUGAGAAUUAAAACACCGAAUUUUUCAAAGAUGUUUUACUCAGAUACAUAUUUUUAUU